CUGAUAGGCGGCACUGACGGGCACUGAUAGGUGGCACUAACUGGCACUGAUGGGUGACACUGAAAGGCAGCUCAGAUGGGCACUGAUAUGUGCCAUUGAUGUGCACUGGUAGGCACUGAUAUGUGACAUUGAUGUGGCACUGAUGGGCACUGGCACAUGGCACUGAUGAGCAUUGACAGGUGGCACUGCUGGGGAUACACUGGUCAUCAGGGCACACAGAUCAUCAGUGCUCUGCGGCUCUCCUCUCGAGCUGUCAGCGUGACAGCUCGAGAGGAGAGAAAUGCCGAUAACCGGCAU